AUGAGCGAAUCCACUUUUGAAUUUAACAUUAAAAAUGCUGGGAAAAGUUACCCUAUAACUUUAACAUCUGCAGAAUCAGUUUCUGAUUUGAAACAAAAAAUUGAAGAUUUGACUCAAAUUCCAGUUGCUCGUCAAAAAUAUAUGGUUAAAGGAGGUUUAUCUGAUGAAUCUGCAACUAAUCUAUCUACUAUUAUUAAACCAGGAUCUACAGUGAUGUUAUUAGGUACUCCUGAUUCUAAUCUAAUUUCCAAACCAAAAGUGAAGAACCAUUUCAUUGAAGAUUUAAGUCCAGAUCAACAAGUUCAACAAUUUAAUGAAUUGCCUAUUGGUUUGAAGAAUAUGGGUAAUACAUGUUACAUGAACGCAACUUUACAGGCAUUGUACAGAAUUGAACCACUAAGACAAAUGGUUUUAAACUAUGAUGCUUCUAAAGAUAGUUCCAAUAGUAACCCACAAUCUGAUGUUCACUAUAAGUUAGUUCUAGAGAUGAAACGUUGUUUCGAAGGUUUACAAAAAAAAAGUUUUAAAUCUAUUAUGCCAGUUGUUCUUCUUAAUGUAUUGAGAAAAGCAUACCCACAAUUUGCUGAAAGAGAUCAAAGCUCAGGGUUUUACAAACAACAAGACGCUGAAGAAUUAUUAACCCAAUUGUUCCAUUCUUUGAAUGUGGUAUUUGGUGAUAAAUUUGGUGAAGAUUUUAGAAUUCAAUUUAGAACAACUACAACCGAUACGGCUAAUGCGAAUGACGUCACUGUUAAAGAAGAAGAAAGUGACAUCAAAUUACAAUGUCAUAUAUCUGGUACCACUAACUUCUUGAAGUCAGGUCUAAUUGAUUCAUUGAAUGAAAAAAUUGAGAAGAGAUCUGAUACUACUGGUGCUAAUUCUGUAUACACAGUUCAUAAAGAGAUUAUUAGAUUACCAAAACUUUUAAUGGUUCAAUAUGUUAGAUUUUUCUGGAAAAGAUCCACAGGUAAGAAAUCUAAGAUUCUUCGUAAAGUUGUUUUCCCAUUCCAAAUGGAUGUUACUGAUAUGUUAGAAAGUACAUAUCAAAAGGAAAAGAUAGAGGUUCGUGAAAAGUUGAGAGAAGUUGAAAAGGAAAAGACAGAAAAGGAACGGGAAUUGAAGAAAAGAAAACUAUCUGGGAAUGGUGAUGAUAGUAAUGAGGUGGUCGAUGUUGUGAUGACUCCUAAGGAAGAAUUUGAAACUAAGAAGGCUUUAGAAGACAGCCAAGCUGAAUUCUGGAAGGAUGAGUAUAAGAAACAAUUUCCAGAUAACCUUACUCCUGGGGAAAAUCCAUCAUCUGUUUAUAAUUUAAUUGGUAUUAUUACACAUCAAGGUGCUAAUUCUGAAUCAGGCCAUUAUCAAGCCUUUAUGAAGGAUGAAAAAGAUGACAAUAUUUGGUAUAAAUUUAAUGAUGAUAAAGUUAGUAUAAUAGAAAAGGAAAAGAUUGAAAUGCUAGCAGGUGGUGGUGAAAGUGAUAGUGCCUUAAUCUUGUUAUAUGAAGGUUUAGGGUUAUAG